GACCGAAGCAGAUUAAAAGUCUCCCAUUCCAUUCCAUUCCACACCCUACAAAUCAUUCAUCAAUCCAUCCAUCCGUCCAUAACCCAAUCAUCAUCAUCAUCUCGUCCGAGAAAAUAUACGACUGACUGAUCCAUCGGGUGGGGGGAUGGGGUCGGAAGCGAAGGAGGAGGAGGAGGAGGAGGUGGUGGUGGUGGUGUUCACCUACGGCACCCUCAAGAAAGGAUUCCACAACCACCGGGUGCUGGAGGAGCUCAUGGCCACCGGCGAGGCCUCCUUCCUGGGGAGGUGCCGCACCUCCAUCAGGUACCCCCUCGUCUGCGGUCCCUACAGAGUCCCCUUCCUCCUCGACCUCCCCGGCUCCGGCCGCCGCGUCUCCGGCGAGCUCUACUCGGUCUCGUCGGCGCGCGCCCUCUCCCUGCUGGACGAGCUGGAGGGCACCUCUCGCGGGCACUACCAGAGGCGUCCCAUCGAGGUGGUCGAGCUGGCGGAGGGGGAAGAGGAGGGAGAGGCGGAAGAGGAGAGGAGAAGGAGGAGGAAGACGAGGAGGGCGGAGGCGUACUACGCGGACAGCAGCUACGCGAUGGAGAUGUGGAACAAGUGUGGGAAGAUGGGGUACGGGGGCUACACGGAGGAGGUGGCGCGUGGGUACGUGAAGCGUGGGGACAGGCCUCCCAACCUCUCCUUCCUCGACCACAUUCGCUGCUUCCUCUCCUCCUCCUCCUCCUCCUCCUCCGCCGCCUGAUUGCCUUCAGCGCCACUUUUUUGUCUCCUCCUUAGUCUCUUCCCUGCUCUACUCCAUUUUUACA